GCCGUCGGUGCCGAGAUCCACAAGCGCUCCCUCACCAGGCCCAUUCUCUGCUGCCGACUGAGCGCUAAUUCCGUCGCCGAGGCCCCCUCAAUCGCUCCUCCCUAAGCCCAUACAUCCCCUCGAGUGAGACCUACACAUCGUGCAGCCAUCAUGGACAAGAGUUGGAUGAAAGCACCUAGGUGGUCAGUAGAGUAUGAUGAAGAUCUUCAAAACUUUAUAGAACUUGCCCUUUACACAUCAGUGCAACAGAAUAAGAUACUUUGUCCCUGCGGGAAUUGCGGAAAUAAUUACUGGUUAGAGGCGAGAAAUGUUCGAGAUCAUUUAAUAUCUGUGGGUUUCAUGGAUGGAUAUACAUCAUGGAUUCUUCAUGGAGAAGGCAUGUGAUCAUCUGUGCCAAAUGUUUCCUCGAGCUCACAAUCUGAAGAAGGGCAUGCUGAGGGUGAUGCGAUGGACCAGAUGCUAAUGGAGGGGUUUGGCAUGUAUGAUGCUGGUGCUUUAGGGGUAGAUGAGGAAUGUGAGGAUGAACUAGAUGUUGAUGCAGAAGCAUACUACAAGUUAGUCAGUGAUGGGAGUCAACAAUUGUAUCCAUGCUGCAAGAGAUUCUCAAAGCUGAAAUUUCUUGUCAGGCUCCUACACCUGAAGAAUCUAUGGGGGAUCAGUAAUGGAUGCUUUGAUGACCUUCUAUCUUUAAUUAAGGAGGCACUUCCAGAGGGUGAGUUGUUGCCAAAGAAUUUCCAUGAGGCCAAAAAAUUCGUGAAGUCUAUUGGAAUUGGUUAUAAGUGCAUUGAUGCUUGCAUUAAUGACUGCAUAUUGUUUAGGAAAGAAUAUGCCAAUGCCAAGUUCUGUCCAGUGUGUAAAUCAAGCAGGUGGAAGAGUGUGAAAGGUGGAGUCGAUGGAAGACGUGUCCAUAGAGUACCUGCAAAGGUUGUUCGCCAUUUUCCAUUGAAGAAGAGGCUCCAAAGGUUGUUCAUGUCUUCGAAGACAGCAUGUGACAUGAGGUGGCAUAGGGAAGGCCACACAAAAGAUGGCCUGCUACGGCAUCCAGCAGAUUGAUUUGGGCGAGGGAUUUUAUCUGGGGAAAGUAUAGCAGCAUGCGCCCAUUGUCUCACCGACACAACUUCACUUCGGUUGCAACAUGGGCACAAAACCUGUUAUAUGGGCCAUCGUAGAUUCUUAGAUGUUGAUCAUAAGUUCAGAUUUCAAGCUAGAUUAUUUGAUGGCACUCAAGACUUUCGAGAGCCUCCAAUUCAACUUUCAGGGAAGGACAUAUCCCAAAUGACAAAAGACAUGGUGACUAUCUAUGGGAAACUAUAGAAGACUAUUGAUGACAAGGAUAAGAGAAAGAGGAAGAGGAACAGUGAGGCUAGUGAUGUGCAUGAUGCCAAGGUGUCAAAAGUAUUCAAAAAGAGGUGUUGCUUGUUUCAAUUACCAUAUUGGAGAUGCUUCUUGUGCGCCACAAUCUAGAUGCCAUGCAUACAGAGAAAAAUGUCUAUGGUAAUGUAGCCAAUACCUUGCUUGCAGUUGAUAAAAAAUCAAAGGAUAAUUUGAAUUCCCGCCUUGACCUUCAGGAAAUGGGCAUACGGCCAGAUCUUCAUCCACAAACAGAAGGGAGUAAAUCAUACCUACCUGCUGCACUAUACUCAUUGAGUCCACAAGAGAAAAGGAUGUUCUGUCAAGUUCUGAAAGAUGUGAAGUUCCCUGCUGGAUAUGCAUCCAACUUGCAAAAUAAGGUGCUUGUGGAGGAGAAGAAACUGGUUGGGUUGAAGACUCAUGAUUGUCAUAUUAUAAUGUGUGAUGUGUUGCCCUUAGUCGUCAGCAGAAUUUUACCAGAAAGAGUUUCCAUGCCUUUGGUCUAUCUUAGCCAUUACUUUAAGAAAUUAUACUCAAAAGUUAUUUGUGUUAGUGAGAUUGAAAAGCUAGAAGCUGAGAUCCCUGAAAUCAUGUCCCAGUUAGAAAAGGUUUUUCCUCCUUCCUUCUUUGAUAUCAUGGUCCAUUUGACUAUUCAUCUUGCAACAGAAGUAAGGCUUGCAGGACCGGUGCAUUUUCGAAACAUGUACCCAAUAGAAAGAUAUCUAUGUAAGUUGCAAUCCAUGGUUAGGACUCGUAGCCGUCCUAAGGGAGCAAUAGCUGAAGGCUACCAAUUUAAUGAGAGUAUGACAUUUUGCUCACGGUAUUUGCAAAGUCCUAGCAAUGAUUCUUGUGCCUUAUCAAGCCAGCUACCUUACUUAAGAAAAGUUGGCCUUCCUUUGUCGGGGGCUUCUGCUUGUGAACUGUCCUACACAUCAUGGAUCCAAGCUCAGCGAUAUGUGUUGAUGAAUUAUCCUCAAAUUACUCCAUAUGUCGAAAAACAUCUCAAUGUCCUAGCUGCAAAUAAGCACCAAAAUAAACGAAAUAUUGAACGUGCCCAUCACAACACUUUCCACACUUGGUUUUCAGACCAUUAAAGAUGAACAAAAGAGGAGUAACAGGCAGUAGAGGUAAAUAUUCUUAUCAGGACUCUGCAAUGAGUAACAAGAGAAGGCUUAUGGAAUAUAGAGAUGCACUUGAAGAAGCCAACAUCCCACCAUCUAAGAUGCGAAAGGUCAAUUUGGGAUUGUCUGAAUCUGAACAGUUCAAAAGCCUACCUGAAGGUGAAAUAAGCAGCAGUGAUGAUGAAUAUGAAGACACUGAUGAUGAGGAUAUGAGUGAAGAUGAGUCUGGAUUUGAAGGUGUGGAAGAGAACUUUGAAGAUAACUUGGUGCUUGAAAAUGAACAUGAUCUAGAACAUAUGACCAUGAAUGGUGAUUCUUACUAGCCUAUAAGGAAUGUGAGAGGUCCAACUAAGAUGAAAAGAAUGUGGAAAGAGCAUGAUCCUCAAAACAGGAUUCAGUUGAAUUAAUAGAUAUGGCCAGCCAUGUGGACUGAAGACCUGCAAAUUAACAAGUUUUAUUGGAUACCUUGCUAGAGGAAAGGAAAUACCUUUAGCAAGCAAAAAUUGGAGCAAGGUAGAUAAAUCUCUUAAAGAGAAGUUAUGGAAAACUAUUCAGGGAUUUUUUUAGAUUGAUGAGUCUUACAAACCUUGGGUUUUGAAGUCUGCAAGAAAAAAAUGGAAAGACUUUAAGGUUGUUUUGAAGAGAAAGUACUUCAAUCCUAAUUUAUCCAGGAGGCAAAAUAUCAGUAAUGGUUGUGCCGGUAGGAUUCCGGCACCCCAAUGGGUGUGGUUGGUGAAUCACUGGAAAUCAGAUGAGGGACAGCUUAAAUCUGAGAAGAACAAAGCUACUAGGGCACUACAGCUCAAUUCAAGACACACAACUGGAUCAAGAAGUAAUGCGGUUGUUUUAGAUCAACUGGAGCUGAAGGAAGGUAGACAAAUUGGGCAUGCUGAGCUCUAUGCUGCAACACAUACCAGAAAAGAUGGAAAGCCAAUUGAUGAUUACAGCAGUGACAAAAUUGAUGAAAUUAGACGAAGAUUUGAUGAGGAUCCUUCUUUGAUUGCUGAGGAAACCCAUGAUAAUGAUUUUUUCUCGACAUUGUUCCCAAAGGAGAGAAGUGGAAGAAGGCAUGGUCUUGGGCUGUUAGCAGGUGGUGCAACCUCUGGACGCAUAUUUGAAGCUUUGGUUGAGGUGCAGGAAGUGAUAGAAGAAAACAAAAAAGCUUUGGAGUGCGGUGCAGACGCUAAUGUCAAACCAAGCUAAGUUGCAACAGCAAUAUGAUGAACUGAAAAGUGAAGUUUCAGCUUCAGAAAGGUGCCCUUCUAUUGAAAGUAGUCCAAUAGUUAAUCCAGUAUCUCCAGAUCAUUUGCAAUCUAUGAAUGGUGAUGACCAAGCAGAUUCAGUUUCACGUCCAAAAAAGAAACCUGAAAUACAACUUGAGGAAACAAGGAAUAUUGUGUUACCAUGUCUGGAAAAAAACAAAGAGCAUGAUACCACAACCUACUCACCAGCAAAAAGGAAAGGACAAACCAACUCAACAAAGCCUUCCAGAGAAAGUAAAGAAACCAAGAAAAGUUAAGACACCACUCAAUAAGGAUGAGGUGAAAGAUAUAAAGUGUGGCAUGGAGGUUGGUUUGGAGUCACCAAAUAGUAAAAGGAUGGUGGCAUUGGGGACCAUUCAGAAAACUGAUAGCAAAACUAAUGCAAGUGAUGGUUAUCCAUUGGCAGAUUGUGUUGAGGUCCUUGUCAGUGUUGCUUUUAACCAAACAACCAUAUUGCCUCGUGCACAUGGGAAGAUACAAAACCUGGGAAAUGCAACUGCCCGUUGUAUAGCAUGGCCAAAGAAAAAUGUAUGUUCUGUGCGCUUAAGUGGGACUGUACAGCAAAAAAGGUCAACAUCAAAAUCUGAGGCUUCCAAGUUUAAAAAUGGUCAGGGCGCUUCACAAAUCAUGUCUGAAAACAAGCUAGCAAGGAAGGUGUCUAAAGAAAAAGCAACAUCUUGAUGUUAGUACAUUUAAAAGAAGCAUGAAUGAAGUGAGGACGACAGGAAGGCAAGGAACAUCCAUUGAGUACAGAGUUAAAGUUUGAUGUGCAGCUUGAUUCGAAUUUUUUUGUGUAAUCAAGUGAGCAAGAAAUUUCACUCAUUCAAGAGUCAGGAUAUAAGGAAAAAUAUUUGGAGAUGGAUAUUUAUUCAUUUUUCUAGCUUCAUUGAUUGUGAUUAGUUACAGAUAUGGAUAGAAAACCAAGAACAUAUGAAAUGUUAAGUGAUUGAAAAUAACAGACAAUUCCUGAUCCUGUUGGUUCA